UUUGAAUAUUAUUUUCCUUUAUUUACAAUUUUCUUAUCCCCUCAUUGAAUUUUGUAACGUCACUAAUGAUAUAUUUAGUAUACCUAGUGACAUCAUUUAUUUGAAUAUUUAUUUGAAUUUUUUUGGUACCUUGUAUUCAAAACAUUUAACCAAAAUUCCAACCCAACUCGAAGACGUGAUGAGCCUGCUCCUCAAGAGCGUGUGGCGCGGAGUACUCCGCCCGCUGGUGCGCUCACCACUCAACGCUCGCAGCGUAGCCUCAUUGUCAGAGCGCAGCCAGUGCCCCUCAUCAGACGCGAUCACGGUGAUGCUACGCGCGGCCGACUCGCCGGCAGACGUGCUGGCGGCCGUGACGUCACAGUUACCUGCCAUGACGCACCGGCACAUGCUGCAAGCGCUGCGCUGCAUCUUCCAGCUGCAAAAAGCUGACAACUUCAGUCAAGAUAACGACAGCCUCAUAAAGGACCCCGCAUUCGGCCUCCUCUGCCAAAACUUCAAGAAACAUGUCAGGUCCUUGGAUGUGAACGAAGCGAUAGAAGCUGUUAAAGUCUUGACCUUCCUCGGAGUACCUCCAGAGUCGUUGCUCGUGCAAACGUUACUCCAACUUAUCCGUUGUCAGAUCAACAUGCUGAACAUCCGGCAAAUUAUGUUCGUGGACUUCCUUCUUUCAAGAUUUGACACCAAGAACCAUCUAGUCGACGCUUUGAAACUGGCGUUGCCUUUGGCGUUUCAGAUCCAUCUUCCUUUGGAGCUUGACAAUCAGGAUCUUCCGUUGCUAAAGGAUAUGUUGGCGUAUUGCUGCUCCCACGACUUGCCGGAUAGGUGUAUCAAUAAUGUGGUGACAGGAUUGCUUCUGCACGACCAGAAAAUAGACGCACAGAUCGCUAAGUCGAUCAUAUGGUCGUUGUGUCAGACGAAUUGUACGGAGAAUGUGUACCCGACCAGGGUGCAACUGCUGCACAUAUGCUAUGACAUUUUGACACAGCGCAUAGACCAGCUGACGUAUGAUGACGUAUUGAGAACCGCUGCUAAAGUCAAGGGGAGAAUACUGGAAAAGCAUCCGGAAUAUUACCACGAGCAGCUGAUGGAUGCCAUAGCUAACUACAUGGUGAAGAAUAAUGUUGAUUUUGAGAAGAGUCUGCUGGUUGCCAGGGUUCUCUCCAGGAUGGCACACACCCACUUAAGCCUGAUCGAGUACCUGUGCCAACUGGCGGCUUCAAGCCAGACGACGCUCUCCAACGCCAGAACGAACAUCCUCUUCGGUUUCGUCAACUGUCUCUCGAACAACAACUUCACCCCCCCUCCCGAUCAGUGGGACUUACUGCGCAGACAGAUCUCUACCAACCCAGUGUUAGACGCCAGGAGCUCUGCGUUACCGUGGGCGAAGUUCUGCCUUGAAUUGGCAUCGUUAGGUCACUUCGAGGACAAGUUACUAGACAGGGUGUUCUCGAAGGAGUAUCUAACUGAGCAUCUGAAGAGAGAGCACAACACCCUAGAUUAUAUGCAGCUGUUCACGUUACACGAAGCCGUCAACACUUUCUACAGCCAGCGGUAUCAGUUGCCGGCGCAUAUACUGGAGAAAGCUAAGGAGAUGUACCCAAUGCACGGGAUGACGGAGCAGCUGGAGGAGAGCUUAGCGAGCGGGCUGGGCGGGAAUGAGUACCUCGUCAGGAACGUGGUACUGCCCAACGGCAUCGUCGCAGACUUACUCAUGUGUCUGAAAGGAGGGUAUCCGAUAGCGUUACCAGUGCGAAGUUGUAACGAGAAGAUCCCCAUUGAGAAGCUACUUCUACCCAGAGGCGGCAUUCCAGUGUGCAUAAUGAACUUCAAUCAGGGCUGCUUCUCAAUGAACAGCAGCCGUCUCCGAGGAAUCUUUCGCCUCGUUCUCGAUAUCUUGGAAAAGCAAGGCUACGCCGCCGUCGCCGUCAACGUAAACGAGUGGCUGGCAGCACCCGCGCACGAACGCACGCCCUACCUUAUGCGUGAAGUUGGCUACAAAUGCGGCGAGAUCGGCAUGAAGUUAUCUAUCACUUGAUUCCCCGCCGGAAAAAAAUAACUUGGUUUGUAAUUUUAUCUGUGAUAUAUUGGAGACGAUUUAUUUGUGAAAUUCUAGGUGAAUAAACAACGUCUUAGACUGAA